GGGGGCGGAGUGUGCCUCGGGCUCCUUUCUUGCCACCCCCACCCCCGGCCCCGGGCCACCUGCGCCCCGCCCUACCGGCCGCACCCCAGCUAGGGAACCACGGAGCCUGGUGCCCGGGCCUCUUGUGUGCCAAGGGGAUCAUCGGGAGUUCUGCUUCUGCCUGGACGGCUGUCCUGAGUCCGGAAAUGUGGCCUCGCUGAGAGCCCUCCGACUGAGCGGGUCUGCGGCGCGAACUCACGGGUGGGAAGUUGGUCUGCACUCCGGCAACAUGACUAGCCCGGCGGGCGCACAAAACCAGGAAAUCGACUGUCUGAGUCCAGAAGCGCAAAGACUGGCGGAAGCCAGGCUUGCAGCGAAGCGUGCAGCCCGCGCCGAGGCUCGAGAGAUCCGCAUGAAGGAGCUGGAGCAUCGGCAGAAGGAGAUCUAUCAAGUCCAAAAGAAAUAUUAUGGGCUGGAUACAAAAUGGGGCGACAUCGAGCAGUGGAUGGAAGACAGCGAGCGCUACUCUCGUAGAUUCCGGAGAAACCCAUCGGCUUCUGACGAAGAUGAGCGCUUGUCCGUGGGUAGUCGCGGCAGCCUAAGGACUAACGGUUAUGAUGGAGACUAUUGUGGAUCCCAGUCCCUAAGUAGAAGAUCUGGCAGGCCCUCAGAGUACAGCGGCCACCUCAACUCCAGCUCCCGGGCCUCCUCUAGGGCCAGCUCGGCGCGGGCCAGCCCUGUGGUUGAAGAAAGACCAGACAAAGACUUCACUGAGAAGGGGUCCCGUAACAUGCCCAGCUUGUCUGCUGCCACACUGGCUUCUCUGGGCGGGACUUCCUCGCGGAGAGGAAGUGGAGAUACCUCCAUCUCCAUGGACACCGAGGCGUCCAUUAGGGAAAUUAAGGACUCGCUGGCCGAAGUUGAGGAGAAGUACCGGAAGGCCAUGGUCUCCAACGCCCAGCUAGACAACGAGAAGACCAACUUCCUGUACCAGGUAGACACACUGAAGGACAUGCUGCUGGAGCUGGAGGAGCAGCUGGCCGAGUCUCAGAGGCAGUACGAGGAGAAGAACAAGGAAUUCGAGAGAGAGAAGCAUGCCCAUAGCAUCCUGCAGUUCCAGUUUGCGGAAGUCAAAGAAGCCCUGAGGCAAAGGGAAGAAAUGCUUGAGGAAAUCCGACAGCUGCAGCAGAAACAGGCUGGUUUUAUCAGGGAGAUCUCUGAUCUUCAGGAAACGAUAGAGUGGAAAGACAAAAAGAUAGGGGCAUUAGAAAGACAGAAAGAGUUCUUUGAUUCCAUACGGAGCGAACGAGAUGACCUUAGAGAAGAAACAGUCAAGCUGAAAGAGGAGUUAAAGAAACAUGGAAUAAUCCUAAAUUCAGAAAUAGCCACCAAUGGAGAGACUUUAGACACACUAAAUGACGUCGGACAUCAAGCUCCUACGAAGAUGACAAAGGAGGAGCUGAAUGCCCUCAAGUCAGCCGGGGAGGGGACACUAGGAAAAGCCAAAGAAGUGGAGGUGAAAAAGGAAAUUGUGGAGAAUGUGGGGACAGGAGGAACCUUACAGAAUACUGAGCAAGAACAGCCCAGACCCAACCCAGUAAAGGAUUGUGUGGACAAAGGGGUGUCACAUCCCGGUGAGAAUGCUGAGGACCAGAAACCCGCUGAAGACAGUGCCCUGUCCCCAGGACCAUUAGCAGGGGCCAAAUGUGAAGUUGAUGGGGUGAUCUGUACAGACUCCAGGGGCACAGGUGGAAACCCCACGGAGAAGGCGGUACAGGCAGGAGGAGCUGUAGUUGGGGAACAAGUGGAUACAGUAGCCUCUGGUCCUUUGGAGCACAGCGAAGACACAGUGAGUCAUGAUGGAAGAUGUAUGAAUGAUGGGGUAGAGCAGAGCUCAGAGGGAGAACUCACCCAGGAAGUAGCUAAGCCUGAGGCAGGUGGAGAAAAUGCCGUUACAAAGACUGGGGACACAGAAGUAAGGGACAAGAAGCCCAUCCAGGUAGAAGUCCAGGCCACCCCUGGGGCUCCCAUAGUACAGAGCGGCCAUCAGGACACAACAGACCCAGGUAGCGCAGACGUCAAACAUGUACCACUUGAUGCAAAAGAACCCAACAAAGAAAAGAGUGAGCAGCAGGCAGAGGCCGUGGAUUCACCCCAGAGGAAGACUAAGAACAAGAAGAAGAAAAACAAGAAGAAGAAACCUCCAGCCUCAGUGGAAACCUGCCGAGACGCCAGCAAAGAGUUAAGCUGUCAGAACGCGGAAGCAGGUGACCUGGAGGAAGAAGAGCAGACCCAGUACCCUGACAAAAAACAGGCGGCAGAAACCCAGAGUGAAGGCACGGAAAACCCAGCACAGAAAAGCACGGCAGAAAGCAGUGAACAUGUCCACUGCCCAGAAGAUCCUAAAAGGGAGUCGAAUGGAAAACAGAACCAAAAGGAGGAAGACGAUGUAAAAACCCAGGCAGGGGAAGCAGUGGCCAAUGGAGACAAGCUGAUGCCUGAGGCGGACACAGCGCAGUCAUCAGGCACCAGUGCUGAGGGUGAGGAAACUGAAGAACACGUCACAGAUGGUCCCGCUGAUGGCCACAUGGGUGUCUUGGAUCAGAACAGUCCCCAGUGUGAAGAAGGGGACCUCUCCCCGGUGGGAAAGAGAGGUCCCCGGAAGGAUGCUAAGAGAGGGAGUGAAGAGGGGCAUGUGCUGUCCCAGCAUCCAGGCCAGACGGUUGAGGAGGCUGUAGAUGGCUGCAGUGUGGACAACAGUGACCUGUCAGGGGAGCUGGGGGCCUUCAGUUCAGAAAGUGGCGUGCAGACAAGAGAGGAGGUUGAGAAUAACAAGAAUAAGGAGGAUUGCACCAUGUCAUGAGGAGGCCAAGGCAGGCAGCGGGCGGGCAGGCAGGUUGGGGAGACAGCAGGCCCAGGACGCAACACACUAAGCCCAACCUCAAGAGUUCCAUCCUUCAACUCCACGGUCAAGGUUCAUGAAUGUUCCCGUUUCUGUGGAUGUGCCACGUGAGUCAGUCAAUCACCUAGAAUCAACUACUUUAAGUUAUAGACUCUUACUUGUAGAUUUGUCUUCAACCAUUGAUCACCUAGACACCAUUGUGUUCAGUUUCGGCUACAGCUGAGGACAUUCCAUGGGCAUCGGGUGACACCCUGUCCCUGUCGUGUCUGCAUUCCAGCCUUAAGGUCCAAACUUACCAUUUGCUUUAGACCGAGAUGAAUGUGGAUGCUCUUGACCAAAUGUAUCAGCAUCUAGUGGAAGUGACCAAACAGCAUUCUUAGAUUUCUGCACUGUGACCAGUGAAGAGUCAAACUACGGUGUCUUAUUAAAAUCGAUGUGUUUUCAUAUUUGAUCUUAAUAUGUACAUCAUAAGAUGUAUUUAAAUGAGCUAGAUUGAUAGGUAGCAUACAAGUCACUGGGGGAGAGCAGCUGUACCUCAGGGUAGAGAGUAAUCACUGUAGGGAUUCAAACAGGUAUCAGAAGACACAGGGAAACUGCGUGCCUUGACCUCACCUAAGUGCUGUAUUUUGCUCUUGGAUCUUAUUGCCAAUGGUACCCAAAUUAAUUUUAUCAAAGAUCUUUAUUUUUACUUCACACGGGUGAUAUACUAAAUUCAUUUUAUACGAAUAUUAUAUUUUUAUUCUAUUCUGUUAAUGACAAGCUGAAAUUACAUUUCCUACUUUAGCAUUUAGGUGAAACAGUCAUUAAAAUUUUUUUUUAACUUUAAAGUUAUCUUAUUGUCUGAAUGUCUACUUAUUAUUAAAAAAUACAAAAGUUCUUUGUUCUUAUGCAAAGGACUCAUUCUAUUAUAAUCCAACAUUUUGUGUUUGGUAUAAAUAUUUUUAUUUGUUGUUUCUCAGUAUUUUCUUAUUGGGAAGUUAUUAUUUUAUCUGCCUGAAGGAAAUAUGUAUUUUCUAUAUAAAGAAGCAUUUAGAAAAUAAUUGUAAAGUUGAAUUUAAAAGUAAUGGUGGAUAUAAAAUCACAAGGCUGUGUACUGUGUGACUACUAUUGACAUGUUAUGGGAUCAUGUGAAUUCAUAUUACUGUUACAAGGUAAAGAGGGUCAAAAAGACCAAAACCUCAGUAAAGUUUGAGGAAACUGAAGUGUUAUAGAAUUGAAAUAAAAACAUUUUAUAAUUUUA